GUUUUAUUUACAUCCGAGCGAAACAAAUGAGCAGCAAAAAUGUGAAACGUUUUCUUAAGUUGCAUGAUCUCAAAACAAAGCUGUCAUUUCUUUAGUUGCAAAAUAAGCAAGUGAUAGGAAAAGAACACUGUUCCUGGGUAGGAGUGUCAUUGCAGAAUAUGGAAACAAGGACAAACUCAUUGCAGAGUUGAAGAAAUCACGGGAGUCCAAAGUACUGAGCAAGUUAUUCAUAUUCAGCAAACAACAAAAAUACUGAAGUUCGCCGUAUUCAUUGGAAUUUAAAAACGCUUACAAUUAAAGCAGAAGGUGAGAUGUCACACAUCCUGGAAGGUUCCUCGGGAGGUGUUGGAGGCCUCAUCGUAAGGAAGGUGAAGAAGGAAGAAGAUAAUGACUCGGUGUUCAAAAAGCCAGGUGCUCCUGUCAGGGGCUCGAUCCUUGGCCUGGACAAACUGGCUGCCCUGAAGAGGAAGAUCCGAGAGGAUAAUGACAAGGAGAGUAGCCGGAGGAAGGUGAAGAGGGAUUCAUCCAGUGACAGUGAUGAUGGCAGUGACAGCGAUGAGGAGCAUGGAAAGGAGUCAAGAAAAGAGGACAAGGGAAAGCAAAGGGAGUACAGGUCGAGGUAUGAUGAGACACCGACAUACACUGGGGGUGUCAACCGUGAAGUUAGAGACCGACUCACGGAAAAACAGAAAAAGCACAAAGACAGGUAUGUCAGUGCAUCAUCCAAAGACAGAAAAGAAAGAGAUAACGACAGAGAUAGAGACAGAGAUGACCGGGAUAAAUAUAGGGACAGUAGAAAAAGAGAAUUUGAUAGAGAUAGAAGAGACAGUUAUUACAGAGAUGGAAGAAGGGAAAGAUAUGGUGAUAAAAGUGAAAGAUAUGGUGAUAGAAGUGAAAGAUAUGGUGAUAGAAGUGAAAGAUAUUACAAAGAUCGAAGUAAGCGAGGAGACAGGAGUGAGAGAAGAGGAGAUUAUGGAAAUGGUUCAGAAAGAUCAGGUUAUUCUGAGAGAUCAGGAAUGGGUGACUGGUCUGAGAGGUCCAAUAGGACACCAAGGUUCUCUGAUGCCCCAGAAACACCAAGGAUUCCAGGUGUGAAAGAUACACCUUCCCAUUCUUCAUGGGAUGAUGAAGAUAACUCCAUUACUCCUUCAAAGACCUCUUCCUGGGACCUUCCUACUCCCUCUUCCCAACAUCGAUCCAGAGACAAUGACUGGUCUUUCCGCAGUGGAAGCCACUCGAUGCGAGAGAGAAAUUCCCCCAGCAGGAAGGACUUCCAUGACAGUGAUAAGACUCCACUUCCAACACCAUCAUACAAGUACAAUUCUUGGAUGAGUGACAGAGAUGGGAAGGUGAACAGAGAAUUUGAUGAUGAAGAAGAGAGAGAGAGAUGGGAAGAAGAAGAGAAACGAUUAGAUAGACAGUGGUAUGACAUGGAUCAAGGUUAUGAUGACACAAAUAACCCAUUUGCUGAUGUAUCCCAGGAAUAUGAGAGGAAGAAAAAUGAGAAACUGGAAAAGAACAAGAAAAAGAUGAGUGCAAAGCAGAGGCAAAUUCAUAAGGAUAAUGAAUUGUGGGAGACAAACAGGAUGUUGACCAGUGGUGUUGUACAAAAGAUAGAUUAUGAUGAGGAUUUCGAGGAGGAAUUUACCAACAGGGUCCAUAUUUUGGUGCACAACAUUGUGCCCCCAUUCUUGGAUGGACGUAUAGUUUUCACUAAGCAACCAGAGCCUGUGAUUCCAGUUAAAGAUUCUACAUCAGAUAUGGCACAGGUGUCCAGGAAAGGUUCUGCUGCUGUCAAGAGCAGGAGAGAGCAACGCGAACGUCGGAAAGCUGCUAAAAAAGAAUGGGAACUUGCGGGUACACAGCUGGGAAAUCUUAUUGGUGUCAAAAAAGAAGAUGAAAGAGAUGACAGAAAGAUUGAAGAAGGAGAAACUGAUUACAAAGCUGAUCAGAAAUUUGCAGAACACAUGAAAAACUCAAAUGAAGCAUCUAGUGACUUUGCCAAAAAGAAGUCCAUCAAAGAGCAGCGACAGUUUCUCCCAGUCUUUGCAGUAAGGGAAGAACUACUCCGAAUUAUUAGAGAGAACUCAGUUGUUAUCAUUGUUGGUGAAACAGGAAGUGGGAAGACGACUCAGUUGACUCAAUACCUUCAUGAGGAUGGUUACAGUACACUUGGCAUGAUUGGAUGUACACAGCCAAGGCGUGUGGCUGCAAUGUCAGUAGCCAAGCGAGUGUCUGAUGAAAUGGGUACACACCUUGGAGAAGAAGUUGGUUAUGCCAUUCGUUUUGAAGAUUGUACAAGUGAAAAGACAAUCAUAAAAUACAUGACUGAUGGAAUUUUGCUCAGAGAGUCAUUGCGUGAGAGUGAUUUAGAUAAUUACAGUGCAAUUAUUAUGGAUGAGGCUCAUGAACGUUCUCUAAGCACAGAUGUAUUGUUUGGUUUGUUGCGUGAAGUUGUGGCUCGUAGACAUGAUUUGAAGUUGAUUGUUACAUCUGCAACUAUGGAUUCACAAAAAUUUGCCACAUUCUUUGGUGAAGUACCAGUGUUUACCAUUCCUGGCAGAACAUUUCCUGUUGAGGUAUUUUUUUCACGUAAUGUUGUUGAGGAUUAUGUAGAAGCAGCAGUGAAACAAGCUCUUCAAAUUCAUCUUCAAGCAGAGGAAGGAGAUAUCUUGGUGUUUAUGCCAGGACAGGAAGAUAUUGAGGUCACCUGUGAACUUAUUGUGGAGAAAUUAGAUGAAAUUGAUAAUGCCCCCCAGUUAGCUGUUCUUCCCAUCUAUUCUCAGCUUCCUUCAGAUCUCCAAGCAAAGAUUUUCCAACGUGCACCUGAUGGUCUGCGCAAAUGUGUUGUGGCUACAAACAUUGCUGAAACAUCUCUUACUGUUGAUGGUAUUAAAUAUGUUGUUGAUUCAGGUUACUGCAAGCUGAAGGUUUUUAAUCCAAGGGUAGGUAUGGAUGGCCUUCAGGUUUAUCCAGUGUCACAAGCCAAUGCCAACCAGAGAAUGGGCAGAGCAGGGCGCACUGGUCCUGGUAUGUGCUAUCGUUUGUACACAGAACGACAGUAUAAAGAUGAACUGUUGGCAACUACUGUUCCAGAGAUCCAGCGUACUAAUCUGGCAAAUGUGGUGCUUCUACUGAAAUCUCUUGGUGUAGAAGAUCUACUUAAAUUUCAUUUUAUGGAUCCUCCUCCUCAGGAUAACUUGCUUAAUUCCCAGUAUCAGUUGUGGACUCUAGGUGCCUUGGAUAAUACUGGUAUGCUAACAAAGUUAGGGAGAGCAAUGGUAGAGUUUCCACUUGAUCCAGCACUUUCAAAAAUGUUGUUGGCAGGUGUAGAAAUGCAUUGCUCAGAAGAAAUUUUAACAAUUGUUUCCAUGUUGUCUGUACCAGCACUCUUCUACCGUCCCAAAGGUAGGGAGGAGGAAGCUGAUGCAAUGCGUGAAAAAUUUCAGGUACCAGAGUCUGACCAUCUGACUUAUUUGAAUAUAUAUAGACAGUGGCGUCUGCAGAAAUAUUCCAUGAAUUGGUGUAAUAAGCAUUUCUUACAUUUUAAAGCUCUUAAAAAAGUAAGAGAAGUAAGACAGCAGUUACAUGAUAUUAUGGAACAGCAAAAGCUAAAGGUAAUUAGUUGUGGUAUGGAUGAAGACUUAGUACGAAAGUGCAUAUGUGCUGCAUACUUCCAUCAGGCUUGCCGCCUAAAAGGGAUUGGUGAAUAUGUUAACCUUCGUACAGGAACACCUUGCCACCUCCACCCUACCUCAGCUCUGUUUGGUAUGGGAUACACACCUGAUUACAUUGUAUACCAUGAACUGGUAAUGACAAGUAAAGAGUACAUGCAGUGUGUCACAGCAGUGGAAGGAGGGUGGUUAGCUGAAGUGGGAGGUAAAUUCUACAGCAUUAAUGAAGGUGGGGCGUCUCGGAUGGAGAAGCGGCGCCAGGCUCUUGCACACAAAGCUGCCAUGGAAGCAGAGAUGGACAGAGCCCAGGACACACUGAAGGCACGAGCAGAAGAAAAGCAGCGAAGGGAAGAAUCAUCCCGUCGCCAGCAAGUGUAUGACGUUGGCACACCCAGACGUGUGCAGACUUCAGCACGAUUUGGUAUUUAAGUGUAUCAUUUCUCUGAAAUAAACUUGACAGUGACAAUAGAAAUUUGGGCAAUGUUGUGAAAUAUGAUUUAUCUUUUGCUUUUGACUUCUGUCUCAGAAUGAAAUCUUUAUGCUAUUAGAAUGGAAAAAUUAUUUUGAUACUAACAGUUGGUACAUUCAAAUCACCCAAAAUUUUGUAAAUAGCUAUUUUUCUUCAUUUUAAAAACAUCUUAUAUCAAAUAUUAACUAUUUGAUAUCAAGAUUUUAAUUAAUUUCUCUGGAAUGACUUCCCUGUCAAGAAUCUAUUCUUGUCUUUUUAUAUUGUAAUUACCUAUCAUUAUGAAUGUAUUUUUUUAAGUUCCAAUAAGUAAAUUUUAUGCAAAUUA